AAUGUUACAACAACAACAAAACCAUCAUCCUGGAGCAGAUAUGUUUCUCCUUUUCUACAUUAAACGCCGGAUUGAAAAAGACUCCAACCUAGAAUGGUUUGAAGCUCCUUAUUGCGCAGAAGAUGAUCCCCCUCAAGAAUGGUUGCUUCUCGAACAAGCAGCACUUAUUUUUGAGCAUGAUAAUCGAAAAGAAAUUGAAGAAACAAUGAUUAAUAGACUUGUACCUUUGGGAAGACUUAACUUUAGAAGCUUCCGAAUGAUUGUUCGUCACUAUCUAGACUUAUUAAGUCAACGAAUGGACAAAUCCAUUGCUUUGUUAGCGUUGAUAGCUUUUACUGGGUUAUAUGCUAGACGAUUAGCUGAAUUGGAUGCUUCACAAUGUGGGGAAGAGGAUGAAGAAAAUUCUAAUAAUAAACUGCCGAGAGAUUAUAGACGUGAAAUUUAUCAAGUUUCAAUUUAUGGUUCGGGCAUUUUGCUAUCUACGAUUGAGGGUUCUUGGGAAAGUUUCUGUACUGACAUUGCGAAAGUUGUUAAUCAAAUUGUUUUACAAAAACAACAACAAUCACUUGCUCGCUCAAAUAACAGAAUUUAUGGGCUAGCUGCAGUUUGUGGGGUUGGCGCGAUUGUUGCUUCAUGUCUUUUGAUUCGCCGAUUAAAUUUUUAA